AUCAUAUUACUUUUAUAUAAACCUUGAUUCAGUCUUUUGUUGUUCUCAAAAACGAUUGUCCAUGUCAAAUGACUCCUUUUAACCAUGAAAAUACGAAAACUGCGAUUUGGAUUAUUUUUUUCAUUAAUUAAACGAAGCUUUUCUGUCGACAAUGAAAAAUCUUACGAUGUUGUUAUAGCGGGAGGAGGUUUGAUGGGUUUAAGUGUUGCGUAUUUCUUAGCAAGGAGAAUUACUCCUUCUAGUGUUUGCGUGGUAGAGCGUGAUCUUCAGUUCAAGCAAAAUUCGUCCGUAAGAUCUUGGGGAUCCAUUCGUCAUCAAUUCUCGAUUCCUGAAAACAUUCAAAUGUCUCAAUUUGGAUUUGAUUUUCUAAAAAAUUUGAACUGUUAUCUUGGUAGUGAAAGCGAAGAUUUUGUAGACGUUCAACUUAAAUAUGGAACGUACUGUUUUCUUGCAUCUGAAAGUGGAAAAGCCGUAUUAGAAGAAAACAUUGAAAUACAAAGGACAGAAAACGUUAAUAUAUCAUCCUUGUCAAAAGAAAAAUUAUUUGAAAAAUAUUCAUGGUUGAACACUGAGGGAAUUGCCAUUGCAACUAAUGUGGACAUAGGAGAAGGUUGGUUUGAUCCUUGGUUAUUGCUUACUCAUCUCAAGAACAAGAUUUGUUCUAUGGGAGUCCACAUAAUUGAAGGGGACAUCAUCAGUUUGAACAUGGAAGGUUAUAAAAUAAGUGAUGCUGUGUUGAAAAAACCCAACAAUGAAAUAAUAAAACUUAAUUGUGGUCAUUUGGUAAAUGCAACAGGUGCCUGGGCAAACUCUUUAUCACAUAUGGUUAAUGUUGAUCUUCCAGUAAGAGCGUCAAAACGAGUCACCUACGUUGUUCAUUGUCCCGAUGGGUUCAAUGAUCCAGUAUUGUUGUUUGAUACAACUCAGAAUUUUUAUAUUCGACCAGAGUGUAGUAAACACUACAUUGUAGCAUCUCACCCAGAAAAGGAAGAGUAUUAUGAUGCCAAUCUAAAUUUUGAUGUUGACUUUGAAUAUUUUCAAACAAACAUUUGGCCAAAGUUAGCCUAUAGAAUCCCUGUAUUUGAGAAACUCAAGGUAUCUAAUGCUUGGGUUGGAUAUUAUGAUUACAACAUUCUAGAUCAAAAUGGUAUUAUUUCAGCACAUCCAGAAAUUGACAAUUUUUACUUUUGCAAUGGCUUUAGUGGCCAUGGUUUGCAGCAGAGCCCUGCUGCAGGUCGAGCAAUUAGUGAACUUAUACUUGAUGGACAUUUUACAACACUUGAUCUUUCUCGCUUUUCAUUUGAAAGAUUUGAAAACAAUGACUUGGUAAUGGAAAAUAAUGUAAUAUAAUGUUUGAGAAAAUACCUUAAGUAUAAGGACCUCAUGAAGCA